CAGUCAUUGAAAGAGAUGGGUGGCAUGACGCGUCUUCUCCUUCUGCUGUGGGCCGGUGUCACAGUGGGCACAGUGGUGGAUCUGCAGAAGAGAAUCAUCGGAGGACACGAUUGUCUCCCAACUGAACGUGUGUACCAUGUUCAAGUGGGAUACCUUCUUCCUAAUGGAAUAUUCGAUUUUCAAUGUGGUGGCUCUCUGAUCGGUGCCCAGUGGAUUCUGACCGCAGCACACUGCUGGGACGACACAGUGACUAUGAGAGCACGUUUGGGUGUGCAUCCAGGUCAAGAUACAAUGGUGGAAGUCAGACCUCAUUUCUUUAGGGACAAGAACGGGUUCCAUGACAUCAUGCUGCUGGAGAUAACUAAACCUAACAUUCAUCAUACAACCUUCAUACCACUUCCUAAAUGUUCAAGUCCUCUCAAAGUAGGUGAUGAAGUUCAGAUUGCAGGUCAUGCAUCCACAACUACAGGCCCUAAUAAUAUAAGAGAAAGUGAUGAAUCAGUGAUGCUCCAAUGUGCAAACACCAAGGUUGUCGACUGUACGCAGCUCAAAACCUGUCUGAAGAACAACCACAAACCGGACUGGGCGUCUUGGGGUUAUCAACACUGGUUAUGUAUCAAAAAAGAUGAAGUGGAUAUCUCUCCAGGUGACUCUGGUGGAGGAGUGGUGUACAAUAACAGGAUUUAUGGUGUCAUUUCAUUCACUGGUAAUGGAACCCAUGCCUGUGUUGCACCAGCUGGAUUCAUGGACGUCUGUGAAAAAGUGUACAUGGAUUGGAUCGUAAAAACUACCGGUAUUAAACCCUGAAUGGGAUGUGUAGGGUGUGCUAUACUGUAAAAUGUUCUGUCAUUUAACAGGCAUUUUUAAAUGCAUUAAGAAAAAUUGUUGAGUUCCUCUAAAUUUGCAAUUGAUACAUUUACUAUUGAUUUCAAGCCCUUUCAGAAAAAACACUUAACUGUUAUUCAAUGACUUUAUUCAUUCAAUAGGUAGUGUCUGAGUUAUAACUGCUAGUUUACACAUUCCUGGUGUCAAACGGUUAUGGUAAAAUAUAAUAAUUAAAAUAUAUAAAAACACAUCGGUAUAUUUCCCAUUUGUAAAUUCAACAGAUUUUGCAUAUUAUUUUACAUCAUUGUCAUUGUAUUGAAAAACAACAAAGCGCCAAAUAUUAUAAUCAGCUAUCGUAUUAACAAUACUGAGAACAAUUAUAAUCAAUAAGAAUCUUCUUGUACAAUGUUGUCAGUUUAAAUAAAAUGAAGAUGACUCAC